GAUAGACAUGACACUCGACGAAUCAGAUUUUGCUUUGCCUUCUAAAGCCUGCCCUCUAGGGAUUUUAACAGGGUAGAGAUUAGGUAAUGGCGACGGGUUUGCUGAAGUGCUAUAAUAUGGUGUGGGAAGUGAAGACAAAAGAUAUGCCCAAUGCUGUACAGAAAGUCCAGUUGAUGAUGGACCAACGGUCUACAGUAAUGAAUGAGUCAUUGGAAAUGCUAAAGUGCAACGAACAUCUCCCAUCUUCACCCGGGUAUGAUUCUUCUGAUGAUCACAUGGAACUUGAUGAUCUUCCAGAACUGCAAGCUGUUCAAACAGAUUCCACAUCACCUGAGGUGUUCCACAUUGAUGCAGAUGUUUCACAUCAACAAUAUACAGUGCCUUCAUGGAACCAGAAAACCUCAAAUAUGUCUGAAAGUGCCUAUUCGUGUGACAGUGGAGUGAAUUGGCUGACAGAACUGGCUAACAUAGCCACAAGUCCCCAAAGUCCUUUGAUGCAAUGUUCAUUCUAUAAUAGAUCAUCGCCUGUUCACAUAAUAGCAACCAGCAAAAGUUUACAUUCCUAUGCCCGGCCUCCACCAGCUUCCUCUGAAAGCGAGACCAGUCCCUCUAAAAGUCAUUGGAAAGAAGAAUCGGCAGUCAGACGCCAACGGGCAAACAGUGAAUCAGAGUCUGGUAUAUUCUGCAUGUCCUCAUUUUCAGAUGAUGACGAUUUAGGAUGGUGUCACUCUUGGCCUGUAACUGUUUGGCAUUGUUUCUUGCAAGGCACCCGUUUAUGUUUUCAUAAGGGUCGAAAAAAACAGUGGCAGACUGUAGAUGAUUUUACAAAAAACGCACGUUACAGAAAUGAGAGGGAAAACGCCGUGGGCACGUAUAAGGGUUAUGGUGCUGAUGGUCUAAAGCUGAUCUCUCAUGAAGAAAGUGUCUCAUAUGGUGAAUCGGUCCUGCAACUUACUUUUGAUCCUGGUACAACAGAUGGCUUGCUUACAGUAGAGUGCCGAUUGGAUCACCCUUUUUACAUCAAAAACAAAGGCUGGUCUUCAUUUUAUCCGAGUCUAACUGUGGUUCAGCAUGGCAUUCCCUGCUGUGAAAUGCAUGUUGGUGAUAUCUGUCUACCUCCUGGACACCCAGAUGCCAUGAAUUUUGAUGAUUCCGGUGUUUUUGAUACGUUUAAAAGUUAUGACUUCACCCCCAUGGACUCUUCUGCAGUUUAUGUGUUAAGUAGUAUGGCACGUCAGCGCCGAGCUUCGUUAUCCAAUGGAGGAGCGAGCAGUCCAGAUUCUGAGAGGUCUGAAUAUAGCAAGGACUGUACGUCUCCAAGAUCUUCACAACCUUCCUACAGUUCAUUAUGUAAUAAAACUGUCAGGAGCAACAGCUCAGGGACUCCAAAUCCUAUGAUUGUCUCCUCUCCCAACAAGUGCAAAAGACCAAUGAAUGCCUUCAUGCUUUUUGCCAAAAAGUAUAGAGUUGAAUAUACUCAAAUGUAUCCAGGAAAAGAUAACCGAGCCAUAAGUGUGAUACUAGGUGAUAGGUGGAAGAAAAUGAAGAAUGAAGAGAGGAGGAUGUACACUAUAGAAGCAAAAGCGCUGGCAGAAGAACAAAAACGUUUAAAUCCUGACUGUUGGAAAAGGAAAAGAACAAAUUCAGGUUCACAACAGCAUUAGACAAGAAACCUAACAAAGUGCUAUACAUCUGCACAGAGGGAGAAAAAAAUAGCAUCACAAUGUUAUUAAUUGUGUUCCCAAAUCAAUUGGUAUAAUUGUCAGGAGAAUGGCAUGUGUGAUGUUUUAUAUAAGUAUGCAAAAUAUCCAAUAUUUUAAACCAAAUUGCCUUUUGGAGAAAAUUAUAUCGGGUAACAGAGGCUUGAAACUGAUAUCCUGUGGUGCUAAAAUGAGAUGUGUAUUAGCAUUGUUUUGAAACAGGUAAAAGGGGAACUUAUAGAUUAUAUAACUGCUGUUUAUUGACCCUAAUGCUUAUUAAUAUGUAUUGCACAAAUUAAUUAUAUUUGACGUUAGAAUAUGUACUUUUCUGACGUGGCAUUUUUAAUGCAAAGUGCAUGAGCACUAACUGACUAUCCAGCACCACCCAAGCUACCUUUAUAUAAUGGUAUAUGAAAUACUGGCUUACAUGUGGACAGGAGGUCGGAAUCUAGUACAGAGCCCUCCAAAAGCUGUGGUGUUGUAAAGCGUAAACGUUUAGUAAUCUAGUUUGCUACAGGAGCUUGGAUAGAUUUAUUUUGUUAUGAAAAAUGUCAUUUAUGAUGAGGGGGGGGACGACUUUGCACUUAACUCUGGUGCAACACUUGCACUUUACUUUAUUUUCUUGCAGCUGUCGGAACGAACAGGUGCAUUUAUUUUGUUACGGCUCCACUGCUGUGACUUGCUGCAAUCAUGGCUCUGUGUGUUUAAUACUCAUGAAUCACAGCUGUAAAACAAUGUCUAUGACUUAUCAUAUUGCCCCUAUAAUUUUUGCACAUUAUAUUCUUGUAUAUUUCAAAUAAAUUUGUUUAAAUUGUGA